UGGCUAUCCGGUACGUCCAAAAAAAGGAACUGACAGGAAAGGAGAGACAGUAUAAAAGUGGACAGUCUUCACAAGCCAAUCAUCAGUGUUCACCUGACGUUGCAAGGAACCGCACAUCGUACUGACAGCCAUGAACCGUCUGGUCCUCCUCGCUUGCCUGGUGGCUGUUGUUGUGGCCGAUAGCUACAAGACCCACAUUCCAAUCCUGAAGGAUGACCGGACUCAGAACUCGUAUGGCGAAUACACCUUCGAGUACGAGACGGGUAACGGCAUCAAGAGGCAGGAGGCAGGAAGACAGAACUACGGACAGGAAUCGUCUGGCAGUUGGAGCUACACCGCCCCGGAGGGUAUCCCCAUUUCCCUGCAAUUUUCAGCUGGUCCCCAAGGGUACGUGCCCGUAGGUGCCCACCUCCCAGUGGGUCCCACCCCUCCACCACUGCCUUACCAACGCACUGGAAACUAAUCUGACCCCUUCAUCCGAUAUCCCGCAAAGAACUGUCAACCAAAGACUAUGCAUUAAGACACGAAUGUGAAACACUUCCUAUGACUCGCUUCUCUCAACUCUUAGUUUUUUAUCUCUGUUUAUGAAAUUCUCUUUAUGAAGCGAUUUUGUGCGCUUGCGCACACGAGCACCGCUGCUUUGUUACUAGAUUGUUGAAUAGAGUUGAUUCUUCUCUGCAUUCUGAUUGCUGUUAGAAUAACUGUUCUUGUUAGAAACUGUAAAUAAAGAAAAUCCUCAAAUACAACCGCUUGA